CGGAACUCCCGCAACCUCUACUCCUCCAUUGAUUGCCUCCCAAACCCACCUCGAGGGAGAGUACACUCGACAUACUCGUCAUCCCUGCCAGAGAGCAGAUUGAAACAGUCCAGCCGCCUCGAUCCACCGUCUCACGCGCCUCGUCUCUCUGUUCCAUUGUUCCGCGCCAACUAUUAGCCCAUCUGCAGCGAUCCUUUGCGCAGCCCACCUCCACCGUUGGAUUCUGCUGCUCAGCCUGCAGUUUUCUGAAUAUAUCCACCAGCUACCAUUUCCCAUAUAACCAAGUGACUGGUGCAGAAGUAAAAGCUACCAUCGAACCCCUCGCCUCGUAGGGAACAGCCUUAGGACAAGGGAGAUAUAUAUGCCCAAGUCGCAUAUGCCAUAUUACCCACGUCGUUAAACUCCAGUCGUCGCUCAACAUGGUUGGAAAGAAGUCUGGACGCGCCCAGCUUCGGGAGGAGGGUUUGGCCCGGACGGACAAUAAUCUGGAUCUGACGACAUGGCCUCAAGUGAACAUGAUCAACCAGAAGAACUAUUACACGGAGUUUCUGAAACGCGAAGAGCAAUAUCUCGCCUUUCGAGCCCCCGCCGAAGAAGCGACCGCGCGUAUGGUACAAGCAGCUCGUGAUAAGGACCGGGCUCUCGCCUUCGGGGCCACACCGGAGGGAACAGCUGAGCAGGACGAUGAAGAUGCUGCUGAAGAUGCGGCCCUGUCGUCCAGCCAUGCUGAUCCCUCGAAGCUCGUUAUAUUACAUCCUGGUAGCCAGAACUUGAGGCUUGGUUUUGGCACAGAUGCUUUGCCGAAGACGGUGCCCAUGGUGAUAGCGCGCCGUUGGAAGGAAGCAGAGUGUGAGGAAAAUGACGGUGAGCCCUGCCCCAAGCGGCAGAAGGUGGAUGGAGCCGUUCCGGCCUCCGCUCUACCGGAGAAGUGGUUCGGAGAGGACUUUGCGAAUCAGUAUCAGGCCAUGUGCUCUGAGCUAAGAACGCGAAUGAGGACUAAUAAGAAGCGAGUGUUGCCGAACUCGAAAGAACUAGUCGUUAAUUACAAUCGCCGAGCGGGUGUCGAGCACAUCAACGAACACAACGAUGUGAAUCGGAUAGAGUGGACGGAAAUACCAUCAAAUCACUCGGCCGCGCCAGACUACUUCACAGGUCAGGAAGCUCUUCGUAUUCCGGAACAGUCGAAUCCACGGUACAAGUUGUUCUGGCCCAUACGCAAUGGGACUUUCAAUGAGACAGACUAUACCGGCCGCAAUCAGCUUUACCACGAUAUUUCCAAGAUAAUCGAGGAAGCUUUGAAGUCACAGCUUGGCCUAACGGACCUCAAGGACUUAGCCAACUACCGCUGCGUAUUCAUCAUACCCGACUUGUACGAGAGAAACUAUGUCACCAUGCUCCUCGACAUCCUGAUCCGAGACCUUGGAUUUGGGAAGGUUUGUCUACAGCAGGAAAGCUUGUCAGCGACCUUCGGUGCCGGAACCGGUAUUGCAUGCGUUGUGGACAUUGGUGCGCAAAAGACAUCGAUCUGUUGUGUUGACGAAGGAUUGUGUGUUGAAGAAUCACGCAUCAAUCUGAAGAUGGGCGGUGCAGACGUCACUGAGGCAUUCAUCAAAAUGAUGUUAUUCGACCAUUUUCCCUACUCGGAGAUGAAUCUGAGGCGAAGGUACGACUUUCUACUAGCGGAGGAGCUGAAGCAAAAGUUUUGCUCCAUGGACGAAAACGAUGUAACCGUUCGGACGCAUGAGUUCCAUCUCCGAGCUCCUGGCCAGGACACGAGGAAGUACACGUUCAAGACGUAUGAUGAGACCAUGCUCUCCGUUAUGGGGUUCUUCAAGCCGUCGAUCUUCGAUCAUUCCCGCAAACUCGAUGGUUUCAGAUCGGUAAUGCCUCGUUCCGUCGACCUCUACGACGGAUCUCCAAAUGACCCUUUUUCAGCCGCCCAGCAAGUAGUGAUCGACUACGCGGCGGGAACGUCCACUUCAAUGAACGGAACGCAGGACUCAACGAACAGCCUACCAGUAGCGUCCACUCCAAGCAGGUCCCAAACACAAAAUCUCCUCAACCGUCUCAAUGACGGUGAAGCUACGCCACGAUCAUCUGUCGCGAAUUCGCCCGUGCCUGAAGGCACCCCGAACCCAGACCAGGAAACGCCAGGUGAUGCAGACCAACCUCUGGUAUUUCGGGAUCCUGUCCUUGAGAAAACCAAGGCCGCGAACGAACGCGAUAAAGUGCUUCCCGUCAUGCCCAUAGACGAGGCGAUAUUGCAAAGCAUCACGCUGGGAGCGCGAGGGGAUGAUCGGAAACUGCGUGACUUUAUUGGAGGCAUCAUGCUGAUCGGAGGAGGAAGUAAGACCCCAUCGCUGGGAGCCUUCCUUGAAACCAGGCUUCGGGAGUUGCGGCCGUUGUACGGCAAGGAAAUUCUAGUGGCUCCUCCACCACGGGACUUCGAUGCCCAAGUGGUGGUUUGGAAGGGGGGAAGUGUUUUUGGGAGGCUGUCGUCGCAUGGGAAUGACAGCUGGAUAAGCAAGGCUGAGUAUAACAUACUGGGCAGCAGAUUGCUCACUCACAAGUGCAUGUUCGUCUGGUAGAAGCCGAAACAUUGAGCUGGCUUUUGGAUCAAUACAUAUAUCUUUACACUAUUAGUAGUAAG